AACCGCCGUGCCGUGCCCAUCCGGGGCCGCGCCACCGCCGGAUCCCACGGCCUCGGGGGCGGGGCCGCCCGAAGCAGCACCGAAAGCAGCGGAAACGCGCGCGAGCAAGCCCGCGCCGCGCUGCCUCCGACUCUGCUCCGCGCCGGCUCCGGCCCGGGGCGCCGCCGAGAUGGGCGCGGACGGCGGGCCGAACCGGGCGGCGGAGGCGCCCCAGCACGGGGAGGAGGGCGGCGACGCGAGGGUGUUCCGGUGCUCGGACUACUCGCUGCCGCGGACGACGGUGGCGCUGGCGCUCUGGCUGGGCGGCAUCCACUUCAACGUCCUCCUCGUCCUCGCGUCGCUCUUCCUCCUCUCCCUCCGCGCCGCCGCCAUAGUGGUGGCGGUCCAGCUCUUCUUCAUGUUCGUCCCCGUCAACGACAGGGACAAAUGGGGCCGGAGCAUCGCCAGGUUCAUAUGCAGGCACGCAAUGGGCUACUUCCCGAUCAGCCUGCAUGUGGAGGACUACAAAGCCUUCGACCCCAGCAGGGCGUACGUGUUUGGUUACGAGCCACACUCCGUGCUGCCGAUAGGACUGUCAGCUCUUGCUGAUCUUGUUGGUUUUAUGCCUUUGACUAAGGUCAAGGUCCUCGCGAGCAGCGCGGUGUUCUAUACCCCGUUCUUGAGGCAGAUUUGGACAUGGCUUGGAUUGGUACCUGCGACAAGGAAGAACUUCUAUUUCUACCUUAGAGCUGGCUAUAGUUGUAUCGUAGUGCCUGGUGGUGUCCGGGAAAUGCUUCAUAUGGAUAAUGAUUCAGAGGUUGCUUUCCUUAAAUCAAGAAAAGGGUUUGUCAAGAUAGCUAUGCAAUCUGGCUGCCCUUUGGUCCCUGUUUUCUGUUUUGGGCAGAGCUAUGCAUACAAGUGGUGGAGGCCAGGUGGGAAGUUGUUUGUCAAGAUUGCUAGAGCAGUUAAAUUUACUCCCAUUAUCUUCUGGGGAAGAUUCGGGACACCCUUUCCCUUUCCAAGACCAAUGCAUGUGGUCGUGGGUAAACCUAUUGAAGUCGAUAAAAAUACCCAGCCUACGAUUGAUGAGAUUAAUGAAGUCCAUGAGCAGUUCAUCAUCGCCUUGCGGGAGCUGUUUGAGAAGUACAAGGAAAAAGCUGGAUAUCCUUGCCUCCAUCUAAGAGUCCUAUGACAUUCCAGUAUCAGGCUCCAGUUAUGAUUUAGCCAUAACGUGGCCCUACGCUGCUCUCCCUGAAGUUCCAAACUGUGCACUUCGCAUGCAUUCAGGCUGUAGUUGCUGCAUUGUGGUGAUGAUCAUAAGGCUCCUAGCUCCGAUGCAAAAAGGGGCAUUGGAUGCUCAUGAGUCAGAAAGCCUUUCAGUUGCUUGCUUAACUUUGGUCGCUGAAAUGCAUAUGUAAAGAUAGACAGAUAGGUACUCUGCAUACCAAUUACACAAUAUUGCAUACUCAUGAAGAUUGGUGAGAUAAGCUCCCAGCUUUAAUCUUCUGAAAUAAAAACGAGUAAUACGGGCGCUUGAUAAUUGGCGUGUUCUCCUUA